CAGGUGGUUGUUUGAAGUUGAGCUUGGAUUGUGAGAUGCAUUAGCGUUUAGAGGCCUCCUUUUGACUUAAGGUAUGAUGUGAAUAUGCGUUGCUUGGCAGCUCGGGUCAACUAUAAGACUCUGAUCGUCAUCUGCGUCCUCUUCACUCUGGUCACGGUCCUGCUGUGGAACCGGUGCUCCAGCAACAGAGCGGCGCCGUUCCCACGUGAUGCAAGCGGCGCCUUCCGGGGGGACGGGCUGGAAAAGCGAGCCGCCGCCUCGGAGAGCGACAACGACGUGGACAGCCCGGCCAGGCAGCAGAGCGAGGAGGCCUCCCCCCAAGAGCAGCAGAAGGCCCCCCCAGUGGUUGGCGGCUUCCACGGGAACAAAGUCUCGGGGCUGAAGUACGAGGAGAUCGACUGCCUGAUCAACGAGGAGCACACCAUCAAAGGCCGGCGGGAGGGGGCCGAGGUCUUCCUGCCCUUCUCGUGGGUGGAGAAGUACUUCGAGGUCUACGGGAAGAUCGCCCAGUACGAUGGCUACGACCGCUUCGAGUUCUCCCACAGCUACUCGAAGGUGUAUGCCCAGAGAGCCCCCUACCACCCGGACGGGGUCUUCAUGUCCUUCGAGGGCUACAAUGUGGAGGUUCGGGACAGAGUGAAAUGCAUCAGUGGUGUGGAAGGCGUGCCGUUAUCCACCCAGUGGGGGCCUCAAGGCUAUUUCUACCCCAUCCAGAUUGCUCAGUAUGGACUCAGCCAUUACAGCAAGAAUCUUACCGAGAAGCCGCCUCACAUGGAGGUGUAUGAAACAGCUGAGGAGCGGGACCAAAGCAGCCGUCUGGGUGACUGGACCGUCCCGAAAGGCUGCUCCGUCACCACCUUGCCUGACAAGUCCAGAUUCACAAAUGUCAAGCAGUUUGUUGUUCCAGAAAAUUCUGAGGGGGCAUCUCUGCAGCUCGGAAACUCAAGGGACUUUAUUAUUUCUUUUGACCUCAAAUUUGUAACGAAUGGAAGUGUUUCGGUGGUUCUGGAGACGACCGAGAAGAACCAGCUCUUUACGGUGCACUACAUCACAAACUCUCAGCUGAUCGCUUUUAAGGAUAAAAGCAUUUCCUACGGCAUCGGGCCCAGGACUAGCUGGAGCACGCUCACUCGAGACCUGGUGACGGACCUGAGGAAGGGGGUUGGCCUCUCAAACACGAAAGCCGUCAAGCAGACCAAAAUCAUGCCCAAAAGGGUGGUGAGGUUGGUGGUGAAGGGAAAGGGCUUCCUUGACAAUGUCACUAUCUCCACGACGGCCCACAUGGCAGCUUUUUUCGCUGCUAGCGAUUGGCUGGUGAGGAAUCAGGAUGACAAGGGCGGGUGGCCAAUCAUGGUGACUAGGAAGCUGGGGGAGGGUUUUAAGUCUUUGGACCCCGGUUGGUACUCUGCUAUGGCACAAGGACAGGCGAUCUCUACCCUAGUCAGAGCCUACCUGUUGACCAAGGACCACAUGUUCCUCAAUUCAGCUCUGCGAGCAACCGCACCUUACAAGCUCUUGUCGGAGCAACAUGGCGUGAAGGCCGUCUUCAUGAACAAACACGACUGGUAUGAGGAGUACCCAACUUCACCCAGCUCCUUUGUUUUGAACGGAUUCAUGUACUCUCUGAUUGGACUUUACGACUUAAAGGAAACCGCAGGGGAGAAGUUAGGGAGAGAGGCCAGGCAGCUGUACGACCGGGGCGUGGAGUCCCUCAAGGCGAUGCUUCCGCUCUAUGACACGGGAUCGGGAACCAUCUACGACCUCCGCCACUUCAUGCUCGGCACCUCUCCCAACUUGGCCCGGUGGGACUACCACACCACCCACAUCAACCAGCUUCAGCUGCUCAGCACGAUAGACGAGUCCCCCAUUUUCAAGGAGUUUGUCAAGAGGUGGAAGACCUACCUGAAAGGGAGCAGGGCCAAGCACAACUGAGUAAA